UUUAGCAUAAUUUAUCCUCAAAAUCUCUCUACUUUUCCUUUUUCUUCAACUUCCUUUUGUUUGUUAUUUAAGUAGCGAACUAUUUUGAGAUGAUCAACUGCAUUUAUAUAAUAAGAAACACUCAACUGGUUGAUGUCUGCUAAUUUCAAGCAUUUGCAAUACCAUGGACUCCAGGAGCUAGUCAAUUGUACUUGAUCUUCAACCAGAUAAAUGCUAUACUUUUCUUCGCUCAUCUUUCUUUUUCUGCAUGUUCUUGUUUAUAUACAUGUACGCGACAGAUUGUAUACAAAAAUCACCAGUUGAUCUAGUCUUUUAUGGUGUACCAAUGCUGAUCUGUAGUCGUGCCUGGUUUUGGAGUUGUGAUUGUUGAAGAAUAUGUAAUUCCACAUCGGAGAAUUGACAAAAUUCUCACAGUUGAGAAUAUCAUCCACAUCAUAUUAGUACUAACCUGUUGUUCUGUCUCUCUAAAAUCUUGAUAGUAAUAAUAUACUAGGCUACUUUGAAAUUUUAUGUGACUAGUGGUCUUUUGAUAAAUUUUCCUGCAUCUCCUCCUUAAUUUCCUAGGUUCUGGAAUAGCGUCUGAAUUUCGACUAGUCUAAAGAACACGUUUUUUCUAUUUUAUUUCAUAUUUCUAUACAAGAUUAAAAUUGUCCAGAAAAUAUGCAAGGAUUAAAUAGAGAUUGUGUACUUCGUGAAACUCCUAGGUCUUUUCUGGCACAUAAUUUUCCAUGUAAAUGUGAAAACUGUUUUCCUUGUGAGAAUCUGUUGGACCCUGUGACAUUUCAAGAUGCUGGCCUCCUUUUGUUUUUCGGAAUAAAACACUUGAAUGCCAGCCUAUUCAAUCCCUUGUUCGUAAUUCUGUGUCUUCCGAUGCAGCUAAUCUCUGGCCAUGCCUGCUUCACAAGAUGAGAAUCGUUCUCUAUAACUAUCGACAAAAUCUUGCUUACAGUUCGAGGAUCAGUAGAUAAUCAACAGGUUUAGGGAUGUAUAAGAUCGGAUAGAGAUCAGAUAGUCCUUACUAGACCGGCUUAAUCCGGUUAUUUCAAGUCUGAUAUGUAAACUAUCCCCCCCUCAACUAAAAGGACAGUCAAUCAUGAACACAUAUAUUGACCUUGAAGUGGAAGCCUCGUCGGCAAUUGACUCUGAUGUUAGCAGCCAAAUUGCUUCUAACACCUCCAACGACAGCGCGGCUAACUCUUUCCAUUUUUCAAAUCCCAGUGCAGCUCAGCAAGUAUUGGAGCCUGCAGUUUCCCUUGACUUAACUCUUAGCUUCAACAAUGAGGACUUGGGAGGAAGUGAUUCGAUAGGACACUCAUUGUUGAGCACAAGUGAGAGCAGCAAUGAGCCUGCAUUUCAGAACACGAAUUCUGCGACUCCAAGACUUUUUUCUUGUAAUUACUGUCAAAGCAAAUUCUUGAGCUCACAGGCACUUGGUGGACACCAAAAUGCACACAAGAAAGAGAGGACACUGGCAAAGUGCGCAUUGCGAAUGAGUAUUUUCUCUGAGAAUCACGCAAGCCUGGCAUCUUUGCCUCUGCACGGACCUUCAUUUAGGUCACUAGGUAUCAGAGCACACUCAUCAGUGCAUCAAGAAUUUGCACCACCAAUGAGGCCUCCUGAGACCAGAAGCGGUGCAGGAUUUGAACACGGGUAUAUGGGGGUACCAAUUUUCUUGGUGAAUGAUGGGGCGCAGCUGUUAUGGCCUGGUAGUUUCCGCCAGGCUAGCGCUGCCGAGACAAGUAACAGUACUCACCCAAGUUUUGUACUGACUCAUGAAAGUUCAAAUUUGAAUUUUGUAGACGUGACUCCGCCGGUGGACGCCGUAGACCACUCUGCACCAGAUCUCACACUGAAACUUUGAAAGGUUUAUGUUUGUUGCUCUUAGUUUGUACAUUGAGAAACACAUGAGCCAUAUGACUGCAAGUUUUCUUUUCUUCUUAUUGUUGCCUUUACCUUUUCAAAUUGUAUAAGAGCUGCAUGAGUAUGAGGAUUA